AUGAAGGUAUUCUACUACUUGUUUUUUUUGGUUUUAGAUAAGGAGAGGAUUCCAAAUUUUUUCUCUGUCGCGCAGAAACCGUUCGAUCCAGAGACUUACGAAGAGGAUGAAGACGACGAUCAUAUUGAUGAUGAGGGACGCAAUCGUUUGAAGUUGAAGGCCGAAAACACCAUCCGAUGGAGGUUUGCUCAUGAUGCAGACGGUAAUGUUAUAAAGGAAAGUAACACGCGUAUUGUUAGGUGGAGCGACGGAACUAUGUCCAUGGUAAUCGGUAAAGAAGUAUUUGACGUUGAAUCAGUACCGAUACAUGGCAAUAUGCAACACUUAUUCGUCAGGCAAGGAGCUGGUCUCGUUGCACAGAAAAUUUUUGAAAGGAAGCUCAUUUUCCGACCUCAUUCCACCGACAGUGAGACGCACAGGAAGGUAACAAUGAAUAUGGCGGAAAGAACCCGGAAGAGUGGCCAAGUGCGUAUGGUAGCUGAAGUGGGAUCUAAUCCAGAGCAGGCACGCAGAGAAGCUGUUCGACGUGAAGAAGAGGCUCUCAGAGCAGCUCUGCGCAGGGAAAGCCAGCAGCGCCGAGCGAAAGAUCGCCACCGUCCAAAUGCAGGCUUUGCAGAUGGUCGUCCUGACUUCUCAGGUACAGGGUUUAGUUAUAUAAUCAUACGUUCUGAAGAAGAGCAAGGUGAAAUGAGUUUUAGUAGUCACAAGGUUGCUGCAUCAAUCUGA